AUGCGUGGCCUCAUGGAAGGACGAGAUGCGAUCGAAGCCGAAGGCGUCUACAUUGGCGGCUGGUCAUUUAAGAAGUUUUGGACUAACGUGAGACAGUCCAAAAACGACGUUGAGAAUGUCAACGUUCAGGUUGACUGGACUGCAAAAGAAGAGAAGGCUCUCGUCAGAAAACUCGAUUUGCGAGUCCUACUUCCAACAAUGAUCUUGUAUUACAUGGCCUAUCUUGACCGAGCCAACGUCAGUGUUGCAAACGUUAUGCAGGCCGGCACUCCGAACUGGAUCCAGAAUGAACUCCAUCUCAAAGGUUCUGAUUGGAACUGGGCCAUAUCAAUUACAUACUUCGCUACUACGGCCUGCUUGAUCCCCUCCAACUUGGCGAUGAAGAAGUUCGGCGGCAAGAUUUUCUUCCCGGCUGUCAUGAUCGGCUUCGGCGGUGUUCAAGCUUGCAUCGCUGCCGUGCAAAACAGCUCUGGCCUUCUGGCAGCACUAUUCUUUCUCGGUAUCCCUGAGGCCGGGGUUGUGCCUGGAGUGGUGAUGUACUACAGCUUCUGGUACAAACCGUCCGAACGGGCUUUCCGGCUGGGUCUCUUCCACGCGGCCAACGUUCUUGCGUUGGCGACCGGAGGUUUCAUCUCCAUUGGCAUAGAUCAGCUGAACAACCAUCUGGGCCUAUCAUCGUGGAGAUGGCUGUAUAUUAUUGAAGGGGUCUGUACUGUUACUCUCGCGCUGCCAGUAUUUAUCCUCGCCCUGAGCUUUCCUGAAACAUCUACGGCUUUGACAGAGCGGGAACGACAUAUUGCGACCAACCGUCUCGCCCGCGGAGCUACUCGUCAGACAGACAGUACCUGGGAUACUCAGAGCUUCUUAAGCGUGAUGAGCCGGCCGAGCACAUAUGUGUUCUUCCUGGCAUACAUCUGCUUGUUGACUCCGUCGAUCGGAACGUCGAGCUUCUUGCCCACGAUCUUGAGCAAGACUCUACACUUCUCUCCUCACAAGUCAGUCGAGUAUGCCGCAGCAGUUGCAUUCGUCACCAUGGCUCUUUAUCCUUUGUGGUCUUGGCAUGGCGAUUUGACGAGAGAGAGAAUGUGGCACUACCUCUUGUGCAUUGUGGUAGCAAGCCCGUGCUAUAUUGUGUUCGUAUACAUUGGCGCAAAGCAAUCCUUCAGUGGAAUCUCGCCGCUGUCAGUGUGGGGCUGCUCCUUUUUGAGUGAUAAGGUCACCUUGGCUCAGCCGGCAGCACUCACCUUCCGGUCGAUGACAUUGUACGGUGCCUCCGAGCAAGCCAUUGGUGGAGCCGUAACACUCGCUGGCCUGUCCGUGGCGAGCAUUAUUGGCCCACAGCUCUUCCCUGCCUCGGAUCAACCGUGGUAUACAGCAGGCUUCGCGGCAGCACUGGCUCUACUCGUCGUGUCAUUCAUCUGCUACGCCAGCCACGCCAUGCCGCUAAAGGCUCUGGAAGAUGCUCUCGCAGCUCACGUUUCCGAUGCUGUGUUGGCUAACGAAUACCAGAUGGCCGCCGCAGAGGCCAAGGAGGGGCACGGCGAGGCAUCUCACGUGGAGACGGUGAUUGAGGGCUCUGAUGCAGACUGCUCGUUGCCUUCGACGUCCCCAGCGUCGGUGACCAAGGAUGGAUACAUCAACAGUGCGUUCUACUCGCGCAAGCACUACCUGGAGGAUGAGAUCCCCGGGUUGGACUACAACAACCCCGGAGGGGACAGCUUCACGCUGGAUGAGCGAAAGAUGAAGUGCUCACAGCUGUUUCAGGCCCUAGAUCUACCACCCAGCCAUGUUCGACAAAUCCUUGUUGACGCCUACUUCGAAUUUUGCUGGACGUGGAUGCCUGUCGUUGACGAAGGCUUUCUGCUCUGCACUUCGACUGACCCGCCUUCGAUGCCAGUGCUGCAGGCGGUGUUUCUCGCCGGCGCUCAGAUGCGUUCCAAUACGGCGACUAUCAUGGCCCCAGAGGAAUUGUAUGUGCGAGUCAAAUGCCUUAUCGAUGUAGGACUUGAACGGGAUCCUAUCAAGACUCUUAUGGCUUUGUGUCUUAUACAAUGGUGGAAUCCAACGAUCCCAACCGAUGUUUCAACCAACUCCAGUCGCUUCUGGGCGUCAUACGCCAUCGGUCUGGCAUUUCAGGUCGGCCUACAUAAGAGACCGAGAAAAGCACUGGCUGAUGCAGGGUUGCGCAAACGCAUCUUUUGGACUUUAUACGUCCGUGAUAGCCUGAUAACCGCAGCGCAGGGCAAGCCACGCCAGAUCAAUAUGAAGGACUGUGACUUGGAGCCGAUCACUAUCAGUGACUUCCCCAACCCAGAAGAUGUGCGAGCAAAAGUCUUCGUCCAGUAUGUUGAGAUCUGUGGCAUAGUAGGAGAUCUGAUGCAAUUGCUGCAGCGUCGGCGCAAUACUCCGUUGCAAGCUGAAAAGGAAGACAUCGCUCGACGGCUGCUUGACUGGAUCGUCAAUCUUCCCUCUGAAUUGCAUCUUUACGAUAGAAGCAGUGGGACCCGCCGAGCAUUCGAUUUUCCCCUGGUACAACUGCACAUUCCUUACUUGGCGGCAGUGUGCCUAUCCUUUCGGCCCAGGUCCGUAUUCAAGGUCUCGCCAACCAACACCAUUGCACUGGUAGCUUCUCGCAUGUGCGUUAGCUUGUUGGAAGAAUGCUAUCUGCGCGAUCUGGUCGGCCAUCUAGGGGGCAUGUUCUGCUGGUACUCAUUCGUGGUAUCUAUCCCACAGCUGGCGUGCUCUGUCGUCCCCUCUCUCGCCACAGAGUCACAGCAGGAUAUCGACAGAAUUCUCAACGUCCUUCGGUUGCUCGGCGCAAAGUGGCCUUCUGGUAAGAACAAUCUCCACAACAUACAAACGAUGAGAACUGCGAUUCAUGGAGGGAUUUCGCUUUCCGCUCUGGCCUCAACUCAAUUCAAUGCUCUGGACGAAGACACUACUCCCGGCCGCUUUUCACCUCUCAGCUUGAUCCAGCCGUUUGGCGAGAAGGUCACCAAUAGCGUUGCCGAUGUACAGAGAAAGCUUGCAGAUGCUCAGUUGUUAGAUGCCAGUUGCUUGAGCAUGGACAUCGCUGCCCCCAUAUCAGUUAACCACGACUCUGUUGGGGACAUAAACGAGCCAUUGAGCAUGGCAGAUUUCGCAAUGGAUGACGAGAGCUGGAUGUGGAAUCUCGUUGACAACCCAUCGGCAAUGACUGGUGUUGACGAGCAGACGUUUGAUUUGCAAGCUUUGAUUAACUGUUAG